AUGUCUCGUCGUAUACCUUCAUUUUCGGAUCUUAAUAUCCGAUCUGAACAGCCAAUAAAACGUUUUAAAACAUCUGAAAUUUCUAUUGAUUCUUCAUCUUAUCGUAAUAUAUUUGAACAAUUUAAUGAUGUUCCACCAUCACCAACAUUAAUAAUAAAUACAGAAAUAAAAAUUCCAAAAACUUUUAUAUCAAAAUUAUCAUCACAACAAUCUUCAUCAACAUCAUCAACAAUAGCACGUUCAAUAAUGUCAAAAAAAUUUAAUCAACAAAAUGAUGAACUUUGGACAAUGUUAUUUCAACCUAAAAAACGUCAUGAUCUUAUUCUUCAUCCAAGAAAAAUUAAAGAACUUGAAGAUAUACUUCAAAGAUCAUGUGAAAUUGUUAAAACAAAUAAACGACCAUCUAAAUUAAUACUUAUUUCUGGUCCAUCUGGUUCUGGAAAAUCAACAUGUCUACGAAUACUAGCUGCUUCAUUGAAUAUUAAUAUUGUUGAAUGGGAAACUCGAACAACAACAGCUUUAACAAGUACUGUUUUAGAUGAACAACGAGAUGAUCGUCAAUGGAUUGAAUCUCAAAAACGUUCAUUUCGUACUUUUGUAUUUCAAUCAACUCGUUAUUUAUCAUCAUCAACAAGUAAUUCUAGUAAUGGUUUAAUAUUUGAAAAUGAUAAUGAACAAUCAAUUAAAUCACAAUCAUCAUCAUCAUCAUCAACUAAACAAUUAGUAUUAAUUGAAGUAAGUUAA